AUGUCUUUGGAGGAACAAAUACUGUGCAAGAGGCGAGAGCUGGCAGCUUUAAAACGAAUUACUGGUUUAACCGAAGAAACUAAACUGCAACUAGACGAAUUGGCAGGCCAGGUUCGUCAAAUGCAGUCCAAUGCAGAGACCGUGUCAGAAGUUAUGCGAAAUUGGAACUCUAUCAUGAGAUCCAUAUCUCAGGCGGGCCUUAGUCUUUUACAAUACGCAGAUGGAGACUAUGAGGUUGGCGCUUGGGCUCCCGAAGACGAUAAUAACGACGAAGAACGCGGAAAUCCAACAGAACCUCCUUUGCCGGAGACAUUGGUGAGAAUACGGGUUGAUGAAACAGACCAAUGA